AUGGAAGUUGCUACUGAAUUGUUCCCUAACGGCGCGUGGGAUGUCCACCAUCACAUCUUCGAUCCUGCACGAUUCGCAUACUCUCCCAAUCGCCACCUGACGCCCCCUCCAGCAACCAUCGACCAGUUCAUUGCAUUCAAGAAAACACUCGGCAUUACCAAAUCAGUCCUCACCCAUGGUCUCUCGUAUGGCUCCGACUGCUCGUCGCUCCGAGGAUUCGUGGCCGAGCUCGGAACGAACGACACCAAGGCCAUAGGGGUGAUUGACCCGCAAACAGUGACGGCAGGGGAGCUGCAAGACAUGCGCCGUGCUGGGAUCUGCGGCAUCCGCGUCAACCUGUAUCAGUAUAAAGCCAUGCACGACGUGCAGCUUCAGAUGGCUGCAUUGCGCGCUCACGCGAGUGCCAUUCGCGACGUCUGCCCUGACUGGAGCAUGGCGUUCACGCAUACCCAUCCUGAGUUCUGGGUGGAGCUGAAGCCGUUCCUUGAACGGGAGAUUGUACCCAGUGGGACUCGGAUAGUCACAGAUCAUUUUGCGCUGCUGAAAGGUGCGAGUAUGCUUUCCGGACAGGGCGAGGUCAGCGAGCAGCCUGGGUUCCGGGAGAUUCUGGAGCUCAUGAGAUCUGGACAUCUUUACGUGAAGAUUAGUGCUCCGUAUCGAGUCAGUAACCAGGCUCCGGAAUACGGAGAUCUGAAGCCCCUUGUCCGGGCGUUCUUUGAUGCAAAUCCGACACAGGUUGUUUGGGGGAGUGACUGGCCACAUACACCACAUAUGAAGGUCCGCACGCCCGAGGAGGCUUUGACGGAGACUCCGUAUCUGAACAUCGAUGAUCUGGCCUGGUUGCGGAGCCUUCGUUCAUGGCUGUCAGACGAGGAGUGGAAUGCUCUUAUGGUGGAUAAUCCGGCUGCCUUAUACAAUUAG